AUGCAAAUGACAAAUAACUAAUCGCACUCAACUAAUAUGUUGUAUAUGUAUACAAUACGAUCUCAUUCAGAACAAAGGAAUUUCAUCAUAUUUAUCACAAACUGCAUUUGAUUUCUUCAUUAAUUUUUUUUAUUUACGACAUUUUUUUUAUUUACGAUAAGUUUAUGGCACUGUCAGCUGACUUUCACUUCGUUGGCCAUGAAAAUGAUUGAAUGGCAGACAGCAACAAGGAAUUAAAAUCCAAGGAGGAUAAUUCAGAGGUUUCAGAUCACAGUGAAGGCCAUCGAUCUCGUGCUGGGUCUCAAACCUCUAAUUUGAAUCGUCAACCGAGAAGGAUAAACGAGUUGUCCAACAUGGCGAGCUCCAACAUAUUGCCGGAUGACAUAGACAAUACAGCUGGGCAGACAACAGAAGGCCCGCCACCAAAGAAACCAUUCCACAGAGUGUCUUCAUUCUACACCCCGUACAUGGAGGACCGCUUGAGACGGAAACUUAAGUUUUAUUUCAUGGGACCACAUGAAAAAAUCAAAGCUAAAAGGAAAUGUCCUUGGAAACUUGUUUUACAAAUCUUCAAAGUGUUUAUAGUAACUGCUCAGCUGGUGAUGUUUGGAUAUGAAAGAGCUCUGUUUGUUGAAUAUGUGGAGAAGAACAAUAUUGCUAUGAAGCACAUCUACCUGCAGAAAUGGGACCCCAGCUUUGAAACCAUGCCUUACCCUCCGGCCACAGGGCUGUAUGCAAUAUACACAUCAGAUGAAAUCAUAGACCACAUCAAUUUCGCCGUUAAACAAUUUAACCAGACAGAAAAGUUGACUCUCGGAUCACUGCGAUUUGCGAACACUACAGAGCACCUGGACAUGUGUGUAGAACAAUACAGAGAGGGACGGGUGUUUGCAAAUAACACCUACAUAUUUGACUCCAAAAUUGAAACAGUGUGUACUUGCCUUAAACCAGUAGAGAUAUACAAUGAAACAACAAAUAGGACAGAACUUGUGGAUGACGUCGUGGCUAUUCUAAAGUACCACAACAGGACCCUUGCUUUUGAUAGAAUUCUUCUAAUCACUCUGAGGUUCCAUUUGAGGUCCAUUCGACUUGCGAUGGAGAAGAAAAGUCACGAACCAGAGUGUUUCAAAAUUUCUGGCAGGAUCGUAUUUGACGACCGUAACAAGGAUGGUCAGAUGGUUGUCAACCUCUUCUCCUCACUGGAUGAAUUCAAGUGCACUGGCAAGUUUGCAAAUAUAGAUGAUGAUGACUCCGAGAAGAUGGGACAGAUGGCAUUUGACAUUUUUGUCAUCGUCGUCAGCGUUUUCUCCUCAUUCCUGUGCAUUCGAUCGCUGUUCCGAGCUCACAAACUCCGAGUGGAAACGAUCCAGUUCUUUAAAACCCGCCACCGGAAGGACCUGAGUUUUUCUGACAAGUUUGAGUUUGUCAAUCUUUGGUACGUGUUGAUUGUGAUUAAUGACAUGCUGACAGUGAUCGGAUCCGCCUUCAAAAUUCAGCUAGAGCGACGGCAUGCCCAAAGUUCUUCCGAGAACUAUGACCUUUGUGCACUGAUGCUUGGAACCGGGAGCUUGCUGGUGUGGAUGGGAGUCAUUCGGUACAUAGGCUUCUUUAAAACUUUCAAUAUUCUGACUGUGGUGUUAAAGAAAGCUUUCCCCGACUUGAUGAGGUUCCUUGUGACCACUAUGAUGCUGUAUCUUGGUUUUAUGUUUUGUGGCUGGGCCGUCUUGGGACCUUACCACAUUAAAUUCCGACAUUUAAGUACAAGUUCAGAGUGCCUGUUUUCAUUGGUUAACGGCGACGACAUGUUUGUGACGUUCUCGGCGACUGUGACAGAUGACACUGUGGUCUGGUACUACAGUCGGGUCUACCUGUAUAUAUUUGUCUCACUAUUUAUUUACGCAGUCCUGAAUCUCUUUAUUGCUGUUAUUCUGGACACAUAUGAAACCAUUAAGGAGUACUAUGAAAAGGGAUUUCCAAAGAGUGAGCUUUUUGAGUUCAUUGACCAGUGCGAGGACUCUCCAGACUCGGAGUUAUACCGAGGGGAGGAUCAAACCUGUUCCUGUGGUGUUGUUUCCCUCCUCUGCUGUUUCUGUUGUAAAAAGAAGAAAUCGGGCAGCCCAUCUGAGUAUACAAGUCUUCUGAACUGAAUAGUACUCGCUGUGACGGUUGUUAUACCCCCCCUCCCCCCUCCACGUGCCGCAUUAUGUCACUUCCUGGGCAUCGAGUCCACAACUCAGGCAUAUUCACCCCACAUCCCGGUGGAUGAAGUCAAUUGGAAUAUGCAUUUUACCUCAUUUUAGAUUCAUUAGUAGGUUGUAACCUAUGAGAAUUAAAUAUGUGGUGCUUUUAAAUCAAAUGUGUGAUAUUUAAUUGUACCUGAAGAUUGCUUUACAUGUAGUUAUUGAUUUUAUCAUGAUUGAGAAUUCAUACUUCAUCAUGUAUUGUUAAUGUAUGUCAAAAAUAUUUAUUUGCUGAAAUUGGUGGUGGAUUUUUUUUAACUGAUCAUGAAAUAUGGUUGCCAGUGUAUGUAAAUACAGUUACAUAGAUAUUUUUAGCUCACCAUGGGCUCAUAAAAGCAUUUCUGAUCAAAAUGUGCCCUUCGUUUGUUGUUGUCAUUGUGAAUUUCUCACAUUUUUAGAAUGGCUUGACCAACUUCAACCGAACUUGGCACAAAGUAUCCUUGCACAUAGGAAUUCAAAUUAUUAAGGUCCAUUGUGAGACAACUGGGAAAUAAUAAAUAAAAUUUUGUUUAAUACAUCUCCACAAGAAUCAUUCUGCCAGAAAAACCAGGACAAGCAGCACAAAAGCUUCCCAUUACUAUGAUGAUAAAAAGUUUGUUCAAAUCAUAACCCUUGCUUCCAGGGAGAACUCAAAAAUAGUAAAAAUCUUCUCACGACCACAAGUCAACAAUUUAGCAUAAUUGAUAUGGAAGCAUCCUGAUGUGUUGAUUCAGAGUUUUAAAAACUUGAGUGGUUUUACAGUUUACAUACACGCUUUUCUUCUGCUUGGAUAUUGGCAUGAAGGGGUCAUUGAUGUGGAAAGAAACUUGAGUUCUGAAGGAAACCCAAGUAUCCGAGUGGGCGACCACAAUACUCCAACAUACAACCACUGCCAAUCCCAAGGAUCAAGCUCGAGUUGCAGUGGUGAAAAGUGUGUUCAGAACUAUAUUACUCAGACAACCAAUUCAGGUUUGUCCAGUCACCCUCAAGGCUAAGGUGGGGCCACAAUUGGGGUUUAAAAUUUUAUAUGUAUAUAUAGGAAAAAUCUUCCCAAUAACCACUGUCUACAAGUUGCCUUAAUAUGUAAGAUUUGUUUUCAAUUCUUUAAACCCCGAAAUAGGACUGAUUUUGUCAUACAAGACUCCUCAUGAAGAGAUUAUCAAAGUUCACACUUUGAGCCUGGAGCCAUGGCAGGGCCACAAUAGGGGUUUAAAGUAUGAAUAUUUAUGUAAGCAAUGCAACUCAAAUGAGCAUUGUGGUCCAUGGGCCUCUUGCUUAUUUAUAGUGUAUUGGACAUUCUCUUCACUGUUUUUGUGUAUUCUUGUUUUAAAUGCUCUUUUUCAGCAGCCAUUUUAGAACAGGGUUUUAAUUUAUAUAACCAUGUCUUUGUAUCAAAGAUAUAUAAACUGAACCACAUUAUUUAUAUCAUAUGUGUAUAAGAUUUUCUGUAUCAUCAGCAAUAUAAACUAAUGCCAAUAUGAUGCCCAACAACAUAGUUCCCUGAUCCUCACAUAGUGCCAAUACUCAUACAUAUAUUGCAAGAAAUCUCAUUAUACACUUGUAUUCCAAUUUUACAGUCAGCUAAAUUUUUAUCAAUCAGUACUCAGAAAUGACACGUCUGUACUGAACAAUCAGUACUCGGAAAUAUAGCCUGUCAGUGUUUACCAAUCAGUACUCAGAAAUAUAGCCUGUCAGUGUUUACCAAUCAGUACUCAGAAAUAUAGCCUGUCAGUGUUUACCAAUCAGUACUCAGAAAUAUAGCCUGUCAGUGUUUACCAAUCAGUACUCAGAAAUAUAGCCUGUCAGUGUUUACCAAUCAGUACUCAGAAAUAACCUGUCAAUAUUAACACAUCAACAGUAAGCUAUUGACCAUUCAGUUCUCACUUAGCCAAUCAAAAACAAAUGGAAAGCCAAAAUAAGAUUGCUGUCAACAACAGGAGAAUGAAAGAGAAAAAUCCAAUACAUUCUGAAUGGAAAAUGAAAGAAAAAUCCCAAAACAUUCUGAAUUUAGAAAUAAAAUUUGCAAUACCAAUUGAAAUUUUUCUUUAAUUAUUUAAUUGCAAAUGUAAAUCAUAUAAAUCUGCACACACAUAUGAAUACAAUUUAUAUAGAUCCAGCAUUCAUCAUGUAUAAUUUUAGGUUCUUUCACUAUACAUAUAUCAGUACAUUCACUGUCUGUUACUGAAUACAGAUAAACAAACAUUCAUUCACAAACAAUGCAUGCCAGCCUCCAUAAUGUUGAAGAAAAGGUUGAAAUGAAAUGUCUAUCCCAAGCCUAGAUCGUGAUUAACCUCCCCUGGCAGUUUUUCUGUGUUUUGGUUGGUUUUGUCUUGGGACAGACAGCCCUUAAAGGAGUUCAAUCUGACAUCUAUCUCCCCCUCCUCUAACUGAAAUAUAAAUAAUUUCAUGUUCAUAAAAAUACCAAACUUAAAGGAGUUCAAUCUGACAUCUGUUUCACUUUCCUCUAACUGAAAAUCCAAAUAGUUUAUAAAAACACCAAACUGGAGGUCAGGAUACUUUAUUCGUGUUCAAGCUAAUCUACUAGAUGACAUAUUUUUAUGCAAUAAUGUACAUGUGUGUGAGAGAGAGAAAGAGAGAGGGAGGGUGAAAAUUUGUUUUAUAACCUAUAGAUAAGUCAGUGCUUGUCUAAUAAAUCAAAUUUGUAUUGAUUUUACCAUGGUAUUGUUAGCAUUUCAGAUAAUAUAAUGAAUGUGAAUAAAUAUUUGAACAAC